GUAUUUACCAUUCCCAUCUAUUAUAUUAAAUACAGCAUUGCACAUGAUACACCUCCAGAGAUUUAGGGGCCUGUGGGUAACAAUGUAGGCAGCAUACAGUACACAUCCUCAAUCUUGCCUGACUCUGUUGGCGAGUCUUAUAAACAGGAGAUUUAGAAACUAUUGUUGUAAUCCAAAAGUGGGGGCAAAGGAAGGUGAGGGGUCCCUCUCUUAAUUCAGAGGUGAAGUUUAUAGCAGCUAGAGGAGGAUAUCAGUCAGCAGUCUGCUACUGAUGUUAUUUUGCUGCAGUAAUGUGGUCUCUAAGGGAACCUGUGCUUGAUGCAUAUACUACACAGCUAGGCUUUUCUGUAGCCCACUGCCUGCCUCUCUGCUGCUAGUUCUUUUAAAUGGAGGCUACUGCUGAUCCAGCAAGCAGAGUGCUGCACACAUGUACAUCUUCCUCCGCCGUUUAGUGGCGUCAACUUAUUAAUUUCUUGCCUUCCAACUUUGGAUCCAUUGUGUUCCUGUCUGAAAACAUUAUGACUUCUGUCUGUGUGGCAAAAUAAUUAGCAUACAAAUGAGGAGCAAUUCCUGUCUCUUGUACCUCGGAAAAUGCACACACAGAGAGAAGAUGUGCACUGGAAAAAGUUGACUGGGUGAAUGGCAAACAAAUGGUGGACAUUUGGAAGCAUUGCAAGAGUUUGUGUUGUUAGCGUGAAGCUGGUUUGUCACAGAUUUCUGGGUGAAUAUCUCGAAGAUGGAAAAGCAGGGUGGCUGGUGUUUGUUGUUUGAAAUGAUUGCUUGACGGUGUGGCCUACUUGAAAGUGCAAAGUUGGACUGCAUGCAUAGAUAAUUCAUUUGGACUACUUUGUUUUUGCAAUUUUCCUGCGUUCCAUUUGAUAGCCCAUAAAGAAAAUGAAUUUGAAGGAAAAUUGGUGAAUCUAACCCAGUGGAUUUGGUAGACUUGGAGAACAGAGUCUGGACCAAAGAACAAUUAUCCUGCUAAACAAUUUCAGUGUUUACGGCUGUCCUUUGGCAAAAAAAAGAAAGACGCAAGAGAAGCAACCCCAAGAACCGGCUCCUAAAAGAAAAUCAUUUGUAGUUAAAACGGACAACUCUUCAGUAGAUGAAUGCUAUGAAACAGAUGGAACUGAGGAAAUGGAUGAUAAGGAAGAGGAGGAAGAGGAGGAGGAAGAGGAAUAUUCUGAUGAUAAUGAGGAGCAAGUUGAUGAUGACGAGGAGGAGGAGGAUGAAGAAGUAGAUCGGGAUGAGGAGGAGGUUGAAGAGGAGGAGGAGGAGGAAGAGGAGGAGGAAGAGGAAGCAGACGAAGCAGAGGAUGAUGAAGAGGAGGAGGAGGAAGAAGAGGAAGAAGAGGAAGAAGAAAGUGAAAGAAAUCUCCGGUGGAGGAGCUCCAGGAACAGAUGUUCCAAGGCACCAUUUAGCCUAUAUCAUAUGAAGACAUUCAAGAUGGCUUGUGCUCCAGAAGACCAUCAAAUGAAUUGUCACAAUACUCGAAUGCAAGACACAGAAAAAGAUGAUAACAAUAAUGAUGAGUAUGAUAAUUACGAUGAACUGGUGGCGAAGUCAUUGUUAAAUCUUGGCAAAAUUGCAGAGGAUGCAGCGUACAGAGCCAGGACAGAAUCAGAAAUGAAUAGCAAUACAUCUAAUAGCCUGGAAGACGAUAGCGACAAAAAUGAAAAUGUUGGUCGUAAGAGUGAGCUGAGUUUAGAUUUAGACAGUGACGUUGUUAGGGAAACUGUGGACUCGCUGAAAUUGUUAGCACAAGGACAUGGUGUAGUGCUUUCAGAAAACGUUAAUGACAGAAAUUAUGCAGACGGUAUGUCUCAGCAAGAAAACAGGAAUAUGAACUAUGGGAUGUUGGGGAAGCCUACCAACAAUGGGCUUACAGAUAAAAUGGUGGAAGAGAGCGAUGAAGAAGUGUGUCUCAGUAGCCUGGAAUGUUUGAGGAACCAAUGCUUUGAUUUGGCCAGGAAACUCAGCGAGACAAACCCACAGGAAAGGAAUCAACAGCAAAACAUGAAUUCUCGCCAACAUGCCCGGCAAGAAGAAGAUUUCCAAGGAAGGACAUCUGAUAGGAACUACUCUGAUAUGAUGAACUUAAUGAGGCUUGAAGAACAGUUGAGCCCCAGAUCUAGAACUUUUUCUAGCUGUGCAAAAGAGGGCGGGUGCCACGAAAGAGAUGACGACACCGCCUCUGUAACUUCAGAUAGGUCGGAAGAGGUGUUUGAUAUGACGAAAGGAAACUUAACGCUGCUUGAGAAAGCGAUUGCUUUAGAAACGGAAAGAGCAAAAGCCAUGAGGGAAAAAAUGGCAAUGGAAGCUGGAAGGAGGGAUAAUAUGAGAUCCUAUGAGGAGCAGUCUCCAAGACAGCUUUCUGGAGACGACAGGAAGUCUAAGUCCAGUGACGGCCAUGUCAAAAAGCCAUAUUAUGGUAAAGAUCCCUCAAGAACAGAAAAGAAAGAGAGCAAAUGUCCUACCCCUGGGUGUGAUGGAACUGGCCAUGUAACGGGGCUUUACCCCCAUCACCGCAGUUUGUCAGGAUGCCCACACAAAGAUAGGGUCCCUCCAGAAAUUCUUGCCAUGCAUGAAAACGUUCUUAAGUGUCCUACACCAGGCUGCACAGGCCGAGGCCACGUAAAUAGCAACAGGAAUUCUCACAGAAGCCUCUCGGGAUGUCCUAUUGCUGCAGCAGAGAAACUGGCUAAAGCUCAAGAGAAGCAUCAGAGCUGUGAUGCAUCCAAAUCAAACCAGGCAUCAGAUCGUGUCUUGAGGCCCAUGUGUUUUGUUAAGCAGCUGGAGAUCCCUCAGUAUGGCUACAGAAACAAUGUCCCCACCACAACGCCCCGCUCCAACUUGGCCAAGGAACUAGAGAAAUACUCUAAGACUACGUUUGAAUAUAACAGUUAUGACAACCAUGCAUAUGGCAAGAGAGCCAUAGCUCCCAAGGUGCAAUCAAGGGAUAUUUCCCCCAAAGGAUAUGAUGCAAAACGUUACUGUAAGAACUCGAGCCCAACUAGCAGCACAACAAGCAGUUAUGCCCCUAGCAGCAGCAGCAAUAUGAGCUGUGGAGGAGGCAGCAGCGCCAGCAGUACCUGCAGCAAGAGCAGCUUUGACUAUACCCAUGACAUGGAAGCAGCACACAUGGCUGCUACUGCUAUACUGAACCUUUCCACUCGUUGCAGGGAGAUGCCUCAGAACCUCUCCACUAAACCUCAGGAUCUCUGUUCAAGGAACCCUGAUAUGGAAGUUGAUGAAAAUGGAACGUUAGACUUGAGCUUGAACAAGCAGCGGCAACGAGAUGGUUGUUGCACCAUUUUGACGCCCCUAGAACCAAUGUCGCCACAACAACAGGCUGUGAUGAAUAACAGGUGUUACCAGCUGAGCGAGAGUGACUGCUGGGAUUUGCCGGUGGACUACACAAAAAUGAAGCCUAGUAGGAUAGAUGAAGAUGAUUCAAAAGAAAUCAGUCCAGAAGACUUAGAUCCUUUCCAAGAGGCGCUAGAAGAACGAAGGUACCCUGGCGAAGUCACGAUCCCAAGCCCUAAGCCCAAGUAUCCUCAGUGCAAAGAGAAUAAAAAGGAUUUAAUAACAUGUCCAACACCAGGGUGUGAUGGGAGUGGUCAUGUGACUGGUAAUUACGCCUCACAUAGAAGUCUGUCUGGGUGCCCGUUGGCUGACAAAAGUAUUCGAAGUAUGCUGGCCACAAGCUCACAGGAACUCAAGUGUCCCACACCUGGUUGUGAUGGCUCUGGGCAUAUUACCGGAAAUUAUGCUUCACAUCGAAGUCUUUCUGGUUGUCCACGAGCAAAGAAAAGUGGGAUCAGGAUAGUACAAAGCAAAGAAGACAAGGAAGACCAAGAGCCAAUUAGAUGUCCGGUUCCUGGUUGUGACGGUCAGGGUCAUAUAACCGGGAAAUAUGCAUCUCACCGUAGUGCAUCAGGAUGCCCUCUAGCUACUAAAAGGCAAAAGGAUGGGUAUUUGAAUGGCUCCCAGUUUUCUUGGAAGUCAGUGAAGACGGAAGGUAUGUCAUGUCCAACCCCAGGAUGUGAUGGUUCAGGACAUGUCAGUGGUAGUUUUCUUACACAUAGGAGUCUAUCAGGAUGCCCCAGAGCUACAUCGGCAAUGAAGAGAGCAAAGCUGUCGGGAGAACAAAUGCUUACAAUAAAGCAGAGGGCUAGCAAUGGUAUAGAAAAUGAUGAAGAAAUUAAACAGUUAGAUGAAGAAAUAAAGGAACUAAAUGAAUCCAACUCCCAGAUGGAAGCUGAUAUGAUAAAACUCCGAACUCAGAUUACCACCAUGGAGAGCAACCUGAAGACGAUAGAAGAAGAAAACAAAGUAAUUGAGCAACAAAAUGAGUCGCUCCUUCACGAAUUGGCUAAUUUAAGCCAAUCUUUAAUUCAUAGUCUAGCUAAUAUCCAGCUACCGCAUAUGGAACCAAUCAAUGAACAAAAUUUUGAUGCUUACGUGACCACUUUGACGGACAUGUAUACAAAUCAAGAUCGUUAUCAGAGUCCAGAAAAUAAAGCCCUACUGGAAAAUAUAAAACAGGCUGUGAGAGGAAUUCAGGUGUGAGCAGCUGCUGUAGUGGUGAAAAAAAUCUUACCUUUAAAAAAAAAAGAUGCCUCUUGUUUUUUGCUGCUGUAAUUUACCAGAAAGUGUUAUAUAUUUCUUUCUGUUUAAAACAGUGUUAUGCUUACAAGACUUCAUGAUAAUUUUAUGUCUUGCUUUAAAGAUAGUAACUGCAGAAUAGUUUUUUGAAUACAUUCACAUUUUGUACGUUUUCAUAUAAGCUGACAUAGUGUGAUAUGCCAUGUAAUGUUUAUAGCUGCUAAUGUAUGCACAUUUUUGGGGUAAAUAUAUUUCUGAAGAGGUAAGCUGAUCAAAAUAGAGUGUAAAUUCUUUUUAAUGCUUUAGUGAUUAAAUGUUUUAGUAUUUUGAACUGAAAUGGACAAAAAAAAAGAAAAAAGAAAAUCCGCUUUGAAUGACAAUGUUGCAGUCUGCGGCCACUUUUUAAACACUCUCAUUUUGUCUCAUUGCUGGAGGAUUUUAUGGGAUUUAAGAAAUUACAUUUUGUGUGCAUAUUGUUUCAUAGCAAGAUUUGGUUGCCAAAAAUGCUUUAUUUUUGAACAAUGCUUGAAAUAUUGUGUGACUUUUGUUUUCAGAGGUUGGUAUGUGGCGGGGGGCAAUAAAAAGAAGGUUUUUGUUUUGUUUUGUUUGUUUUGUUUUGUUUUGUUUUAAUUCCAAGCAAAGGGCAUGAAUUAGAUGUGAGAUGUAAAAGGAGUAAUUUAUUGUAAGACAACAUCAAGCCAUGGAAACUUGACAGAGAAGAUUCAAAGCAGCUUAAACAGCACUUUUUAAUUAACUUCUAAGCAUUACAUGGUAUGAAUAUGGGAACCUCCAUAAUGACAGGAGCUCUAUCAGAGGUGGACAACAUGAAGAUAUCAACUUUUCUUUUCAAAUACACUUUGGAGCCAACAUCCUCUGUCUCUCCAGGACUCCUAGAGUUUCCCUCUGAGUUAUCUGUUACAGCAUUGUAGUUCAUCUUUUCAGAAGUUCAGUCUUUCCUUCCUAAUACAAAGGCAAUCGUUUCAAAGAAAUAUUGCCAUUUUUAAAAAAAGGUUUUAAUUUGGGAAUGAACUCCUAAGUUUUAUCUUUACAGUAGUUACUGGCCUGGAUUCAUUGCUACGCUGCGUAGGAAAUAGAAUGCGGUUCAGUUAACCUGAUUUUUUUUCACCUUGUUCCUUUUUUUUUACUGUUUUGGUUCUGGGGUUAUGGUUAUUAUUUUUUGGCGUACAAUCAUUAUUCCUGUGGCAUUUCCAUAUGCUAUCUAUUUGUUCUACUGUUACCUAUUGCAAAAAAUAAAUAAAAAUAAAUGAAUGAAUGAAUGCAAUCAGAAAAUUUAAUGUAACUAAAUAUACUUUGGCACUUUUUGCUUUAAAUUGCAUCAUUUCAAGCUAAAAAAAAAGACGUAUUGUACUUUUCAGAUUUGAUUGUUAUUUCUUCAAAAUAACUGCACUAUAUGUAUGCAUAAGACCACUUUUUCUUGCGGCAUUUUUGGUUCCCCCCCCCUCCCAUUUAAAUUAGUAAUUCAGAUGGCGUGUCGUGUAUGUCGGAUGUUGAAUUGAUUUCGAUUUGAUAGCAUAUCUUUUCCUUCCAUGUCUUGAUGUUAUGCAGAAAGUACAAAAGUACUUUGAAAAAUUUUGUUAUGAAAAA